AUGACAAAGAAGAAAAAGUCGGAUGUCGACACUGCCGCAGUAGCAGCGACGACAGCGGCAACCACACAACAAGCAGUCGCCACCACCGCCGCCACGACCGCCACAACCCACGCCAAGACAAAAAAGAAAAGUUCGGGCGCAGCAACAAAGAGGAAGAAGAGCGAGGAGGAAAGUGACGAGGACGACUCACCACCCUCCAGCCCUUCGGGACCUCCCAAAGAGGCGUACGAAGCUUCGCCGGCAGUUGGUGGCGUUGGCUGUGGCGGCAAUGACCCGUGCCAGGUGUGCACCAGUGGCGCACCCUCCUGUCUAAUGUCCCGUCUCUCCUGGUCCACCAUACUCUGGGUCGUGUUCUACUCCCUCAAGAAGCAGAUCAAGCAGAGGGAGUUCUUCUCGCUGCGACGCGACGUCUAUGGCUAUGUCCUGCAUCACUGGGACAUGCUAUGCCCUUCAAAGAACCGUCAACACAACUGGAAGAAACAGAUACAGGAUGCAUUGUCACAUUCCCCAUUCUUCUUGUCAGGUCAGCAAAAGGUAGGAUGCAAUGGAUAUUGGAAGUUGAAGAAGUAUGUCAAUCCAUGGUCGGUGCCAAAGAAUACUACAUUGGAGGACAUUGCCAACAAGUGGUCAGAUGACAUGUCACCCGAGCAGCCAGACACCAACAACAACAACAACAACAACAAUGUCGAAGAGGAUGAGUUCGUGGAAGACCUGGACGACAACAAUCCUGACGCAAACAACAGCCCCUCUGUCGUCGACAAACAGCCAACCACAACAAUGUCCAACAAGCGCACCAAGCAUAGCCACCCCAAUGCCACUGCACCAUCCCCAGCCGGAGCAACAACAGCUGGUCUUGAUAAUAGUCAGAUGCAACAGAUGUUGAUUGGUACAUUGUCAAACUUGACACAACGAAUAGACUCACUGGAGCGACUACAUGAACAGACGCAGAGUGAGCAACAAGUAAUGACACAGCAUAUAAACAACCUGAAUGACUUUGUUCGUGGAGUGAAGCAACAACAACAACAUCAACAUCAACAGCAUCAACAUCAACAACAGCUUCAUCAUCAUCAGCAGCAGCAGCAGCAACAGUCUACAUCAACAUCAACAUCACCAUCACCCUUACCCUCAUCGUAUUACUCUCCAUCGACUAUGCCUCAGUUUACCUUGCAACAGACACUGUCCAUACUCCAACAUCAUCGUCCACACCCUUUACAACAGCUGGAACUACGCCAACACCAGCAGCAGCAAUUGCAACAGAGACAGGAGCUCCAGCUCCAACAACAGAGACAUCCGCCACUGUCCAUCCUGCCCUUCAACAAUCUGGGUGCGGGUGGAGGUGGCGGUGGCGGGUCAGGGGCUGGCACUGUACCAAAGCCGCCGCCCUCACUACACGACCUAGCUGGUAACACGAGCAACAGUAACCAUGGUCGCACAAGCUACCCUCCAUUAUCGGAUCCAACAUAUCCGAUUCGCCAUCAUCAACGCCAGCCCAAGGACUUUGUUGACAUGCCUCCGUUUGGCGGAGUCGGAAGUGUAGGAGGUGGAGGUGGAGGUGGAGGCGCGAGUGGAAUGUCCACGCCAUCAUUCACAACGCCAGACCUUCUGGCGAAUUCCUUUCGCUCCAAAUCGCCAACGACCAACCACAACAACAACAACAGACAUUCCGCCAAUGGUAGCGCCAAUGGAUCAUCAUCAUCAUCGACAACAACAACAACAACAACAACAACGACAACACAUAACGGCAACGGCAACGGCCAUGGCCACGGCCACGGCCACGGAAAUAGCAACAACAAUUUUCCAACAACACCAACCACCCCAGAACAUGGCUCAUCAACAGGGAGUAAUAGCUCAUCUCCAUCCUACCUCCACCUCCUCCACAAGAGCCGGACGACACACCACAGCAAACAACAGCAACAACAACAGCAGCAACAGACAGACUUGACUUUAGACAAGUCAACGAUACCCAUUGACAAGGCCAUUCCAGUGUCUCACAUCAUUGGAUUCCUGUUGAACGCCACAGACCAGGAUUAG